CGCGUUUUAGCCUAGCGCGCUAGCUCCUUCUGUAGUGGGCUACUUUUUAGGGGGAAACAUGGGGGCUGUGUGUCCCGCACGCCAGUGACAGCGCUCCUCGCGGUGUGGGCUUUUAAAAAGGGGGUCACCUGGAGUUUUCUUGGACUGUAUCCGUGUUUCCUUCCAGCCGCUCUGUCCGGCCCCGCCAUGGAGUCCAUGCUGAAUAAGCUGAAGAGCACGGUCACGAAAGUGACGGCCGACGUCACCAGCGCCGUCAUGGGCAACCCCGUCACCCGCGAGUUCGAGGUGGGCCGGCACAUAGCCAGCGGCGGUCCCGGCAUGUGCUGGAGGAUCUACAACGGCACCAAGAAGUCUACCAAGCAGGAGGUGGCCGUGUUCGUCUUUGAUAAGAAGAUGAUCGAAAAGUACCAGAAGUUUGACAAGGACCAAAUUGUGGACUCCCUGAAACGAGGGGUGCAGCAGCUGACUCGACUGCGACACCCCCGUCUCCUGACCGUUCAGCAUCCUCUUGAGGAGUCGCGAGACUGUCUGGCCUUCUGCACGGAGCCGGUCUUCGCCAGUCUGUCCAACGUGCUGGGCCACUGGGACAACCUGCCCAGCCCCGUGCCCAACGACAUCAAGGAGUACAAGCUGUACGACGUGGAGACCAAGUACGGCUUGCUUCAGAUUUCGGAGGGUUUGUCCUUCUUGCACAGCGGGGUAAAAAUGGUCCACGGGAAUCUGUGUCCGGAGAACGUAAUUCUCAAUAAGAGUGGAUCGUGGAAGAUUAUGGGCUUUGACUUCAGUAUUUCAUCCAGCAACCCGUCGGACUCUGAUCCUAAAUUUUCGUGUAAGGAGUGGGAGCCCAACCUGCCGCCGCUGUGCCUGCCCAACCCGGAGUACCUGGCCCCCGAGUACAUCUUGUCGGUCAGCUGCGACACGGCCUCGGACAUGUACUCGCUGGGCGUGGUGGCGCACGCCAUCUUCAAUGAGGGCAAGCCCGUUUUCGCCGUCAACAAGCACGACAUCUUCAAGAGCUUCAGCCGGCAGCUGGACCAGCUCACCAACAUAAGUCCGGCUCUGUUGAACAAACUGCCAGAGGAGGUACGCGACCACGUGAAAAUGCUGCUCAGCGUCACACCCAACGUGCGCCCCGACGCCGACCAGAUGACCAAGAUUCCGUUUUUCGACGACGUGGGUGCGGUGACGCUGCAGUACUUCGACUCCCUCUUCCAGAGAGACAAUCUCCAGAAGUCCCAAUUCUACAAGGGCCUCCCCAAAGUUCUGCCCAAACUCCCCAAGAGAGUGGUGGUGUACCGCAUCCUUCCGUGUCUCACCUCGGAGUUCGUCAACCCGGACAUGGUGCCCUUCGUGCUGCCCAACGUGCUGCUCAUCGCCGAGGAGUGCACCAAGGACGAGUACGUCCGCCUCAUCCUGCCCGACCUCGCGCCCGUCUUCCAACAGCAGGAGCCCAUCCAGAUUCUGCUGAUCUUCCUGCAAAAAAUGGACCUGCUCUUGACCAAAACGCCAGCAGAGGACAUCAGGAACAGCGUUCUGCCCAUGGUUUACCGAGCUCUGGAAGCCCCCUCCAUCCAGAUCCAGGAGCUGUGCCUCAACAUCAUCCCGACGUUCGCCAACCUGAUCGACUACCCGUCCAUCAAGAACUCGCUCAUCCCUCGCAUCAAAUCCGCCUGCCUGCAGACGUCCUCGCUCGCCGUGCGUGUGAACUCGCUGGUGUGUCUGGGGAAGAUCCUGGAGUACAUGGACAAGUGGUUUGUCAUCGACGAGAUCCUGCCCUUCCUGCAACAGAUCCCCUCCAGGGAGCCGGCCGUGCUCAUGGGAAUCCUGGGAAUCUACAAGUGCACCUUCAGUCACAAGAAGUUGGGCAUCCCCAAGGAGAACCUGGCCACAAAGAGCCUGCCGCACUUGGUGUCGCUCAGCAUCGACGGCAACCUCAACCUCAAUCAGUUCAACUCGUUCAUGGUGGUCAUCCGAGAGAUGCUGAGCCGCAUGGAGGCCGAGCACAAAACCAAGCUGGAGCAGCUGCACAUCAUGCAGGAGCAGCAGAGAAGUCUGAACAUCCCCGGCACCGCCACGGAGGAGGCCAAAGGCCCGCCGUCUUCGCAACAGAUCGAUGACAUCUUCGGCAGCACGGGGGUGAACGGGAAGGAGAACGGAUCCUCGGCGGCAGCCCCGCAGCCGAAUCGAAUGUCGUUGACUCUGGAGGAGAAACAGCGACUGGCUAAGGAGCAAGAGCAGGCGGCCAAACUGAGGAGUCAGCAGCCUCUGGCGCCACAGAGCAUCAAACCCACCGCCGCCGCCGCCGCCAACUCAAAGGCGAAAGAUCUGACCAGCAGCCUGCUCACCAACAUGGCGUCCCUGAACAGCAUGUCCUUGGCCGGGCCCGCCUUCCCGUCCUCCUCGGGGGUGGCGCCGGUGUCCAAUGGGUUCUUCCCGGCCAUGAGCAUGCGGCCGGUCUACAGCGGCAUGGCCAACGCCGCGAGCACCCCCAACUUCGGCACCCUGGCGCAGAACCACGGGCAGAUGAACAUGUCGGCGCUGGACAACCUCUUCACGCCCAACAAGCCCAAAGUCUCCCUCAACCAAAUGGCGCCGGGGGCCGGCAGCCCCUGGCUCGGCCAGUUCUCCUCCCCGGUCCAGAACGCCCAGCCCGCUGCUCCGGCGGCGGCUUUUGGCAUGCAAGCGAACCCUUUUUUCAGCCCGCAGAACUUCUCCCAAACGGCCGGCGGCGCCAACCAAAGCGCACUGAAGCACAGCACGUCUGCCAACAACGACCUGAAAGACUUGUUCGGCUGAAACGAUCCGAUGCGAAGCCGGGGGGGAAAAAAAAAAAUAGAUACAUUUUUUUGCCGCGUCUAUUUGGAUCGUGCUCACCUCAUUUGUAUUUGAAGGACGACUCGUGUGUUGCUAUCUUGUAUGCUGUCUUCUACAAAGCUGUGAGGUUUCUUACUCUUUUUCUAUUUGAUGUUCUUAGGGGUCCACGUGGGAGUAGAGAGUAACUUUAUGAAUCUGAAUUAUCUUAUUAAUGUCAGACUAUUUGAGGACUUUUGUGAGGUAGCUGGAGGUGUAGCAUGGAGGAAGCGGGCUGGCUCCACGGCAACAAUCUCCUCCUCGUUACUGUACCGUAGGGAGCCCGUGCACACAUUUGACAUUUCCAUUAUUAUUAUUAUUUUUUUUUCUCCAUUUUUCAAUGCAGUCUAACUCGCUGGAGCGUCCCUCGUAGCGACAUGCUAAUGCCGGCAAGGCGCAAAGUAGGCUCUUGUGCCUUACACGGUUCAACUUCUCUUCUUUUAUUUGCCUCUCUUUUUUUCUUUGAAAUUGACCAAUGAACGUUGAGCUCGUUUGGUUCUUUUUGAAUAUUUCCCGUUUUCCCACAUGCAGUGUAGCAUUCCGAUGUUAAAUUUUAAAUAAUAGAAGUCUAACUGGA